AUGCGUUUUCUCUCUUCUUCAGCCUUUGUGAAGAAACCAACGAGAUACACGCUUUCCACGGCGGCCAUGGAUGCCAUUCACCAAGAUUCGUUCACCGAAACAGUAAAACUCCAAUACGGAAAACAUUAUACUCUCUUUUAUGAUUCUAACCAUCCUCAUAGUUUCUCCGAAUACUCAAAGAUGGCAUCAGACUAUUGUAUUCGAACGGUUCUCAAUUUCGAAGAAAUCGCCAAGAUCGGGAGCUUCGGUGGGAGGUGUCCUUUCGUGUUCCAAACUCAUUUUCUCUCAGAACUCUCUCGUCUUGCAAGUUCUGGCGGCUGA